UCUGACCUUUUUCCGCGGCAUCGCGCAGGCGGUCUUUGCUUUGGUGCGUUGUGUCUGGCGGCUGCUGCCAUAAUUUGAGAAGGUAAAAUUCCAGGAUGAGCCAGCUGGCACGACCCUUGCGUCAGGCGGCCGCCUCCCUUCGGCUGGCGCGGCACAUCAACACAUCCGCUGCGCUCGGCCAAACCCAGGCGAACGACCCCAUCCAGAAGCUCUUCUUGGAAAAACUCCGCGCAUAUGGCUCCAAGAGCAAGACAGCCAAGGAUGGCCUGGUGGACCCGACGCCGCAGCUGCAGGCUGAGAUGAAGAACGAGCUGGAGCGGAUAGCCCGCUCGUACGGCUUCAAGGAGGGCGAGGACGUGGCCAAGUUCCCGCAGUUCAACUUCCCGGAGCCGACUGUCGACCCGAUCAGCAGCAAGCAGGCCUAGGCUGGUGCGCUCGCCGCCCCGUGUGACUGUUGCUUGUAGGUGUACCUGUGUACAGGGGAUGGGGAUCAAUACGAGAAGCUGCGUGCUGUC